AUGCAUAAAAAAAAAAUUAAACAGGCUUUGGGUUGGGAGCGUAUCACUACGCUCUGAAGAUGUUCGUCUAUCAACGUGUUCGCGCUCGCAAUUUUGCUCGUGCAUGGAGCUUCGUUCAGGCAUCACAAGCUCUACCUCUAGUCUGUGGUAUACCUUUCACAGGUUUCUUAAGUACCGAGUAUGGCCAAGAAACAGCUUAUUAUGCCAGCAGCGCGUUCGUGUUUAGCGGCAGCCUAGCGCUGUUCAUAAUUGAUUUGCGCAAAUAUGUGCUGUCACAUUCGCAUUCGCAUUCUCACAAGCACCAACAUAGAAAGAAACAAAAGGGAGCAAAUCGGCCACGUACACCUAAAGUGGCCAGCGAGCCCAAUACCGACGGCGCAGGAGGUGGAAGUGUAGUAGUAGAUGGCGAAAUAUGCCGAAUAGAUGUUGAUGGAAUUGAAGUCCAGCCAGACGAAGAUGAAGAAGAUCCUUGCCCACCGUCUUGCAAGAGUCGUAUUCGAAGAGAUUCAUUGGCCGAAGAGGAGAUUAAUCUUCCGCCGCUAACGCUUUUGCAACAGACUUCCUUGGUUUUAGCUCAGUUGGGAGAGUUACCAUACGGAGCUGCCGCCGCUGAACUAACCUGCAUUUCCGAAGAAGGCAUUGCCGAUAUGGACAUUCCAGAUCAUUUACUAGAAGAACUUGACUUUGCAGCCGAUUGCAUUACUUCUUGCGACAAGGUUUUUCUGAAUUAUUGUUUCAUACAAAGCAAGUGAUUAUUUGAAAAUCCCAUCUAUUGAUC